AUGGCCUUGAAAAGUGGUCUAUUCAUCACCUUGUUCUUGUUUACCCUCCAAGCCAGUGGAAUCAAAGAUGUCAGUAGGGACCAUUUAUCAGGGAACAGGAAUGUCAAAUACAAGAAUUUUUAUGAGGCCUCACAAGCAACCAGACAUCUGUCAGCUGUCCAAGAUUCACUUGUCCUGUAUAGGCUUCGAGUGAAGAGAUCACCACUAUUCAGUACGGGGGUCAGAGCAUGUCCUCAGGAGAACAUGGCAGAGGUCAUCGCCAGACACAAAUCAUACUACAAACUGAGAGUCUGCCAGGAUGUUGUGUGGGAAGCCUUCCAAAUUUUCCUGGACAGAGUACCGGACAUGACAGAGUUCCAGCAGUGGGUACAUGCCUGCCAGACAGACUCAUUGUGUGUAGAGGACUUGGCCCAUAAUUUCAGCAGCUCCCAGGAACACCUUGACAUAGUGGCCAGAAGAUUGAGCAUACAAAAUGACCAAGAGCAUGCCAAGACCACAUCUGUAGCGGAUGAGAAAUGUUCAAAAACUCCUGAGGGAAAAUUUGCCAUGGAUUCAGAAAAGACCAAGGUUUCAGCUGUGCAGCACAUAAUAGAGUUCAGUGUGACUGUGAAGGACCCAGAAUAUAUUCAGCUACAGAGAGACCCUGGCUAUGUGCAAUAUCAUGAUGCCUCCCACAGUCUUCAUGAACAGAUGCUGCAAACAUUCAAAAAUCUUGCUGGGUUUAAGGAAAUUCAACUGCUGGGAAUUCAACAAAUGCGGAGCCCUGAAAGUAUUGCAGUGCACUAUGCCAUGGUGUUUGAAACAGAAGUAGACUCUACAAGAAUAGGAACCAAAGGGACAGAAUCUAACACAGAAAUAGCCCUCAAGGAUAUGAUAUUAAAGGCCCUGAGGGAGGAUCCAGCCCUGCCUUUGUAUAUUCGUUCUCUCAGCUUUGAAACAACUAAACAAAAUCAUUUAAAAGACCUACCAGUGGACAGACCAAGACAUCUACCUAGGGUUAUUAGUACACAAGCGACAUUGGCCAACUCUGAGGACACUACAGAGUCAAUUAACAUCUCAGAGGAAGAGGCAGCUCCUAAUGGAACUCAAGGGAGGGAUGAGGAGGGAAUAGAGAGCACAUUUCCUACACAGGAAACAAGUGAGUAUUUGCCUACUGUAACUACAUUGGUGAACAUUACAAGGUCAUCUCCACCUGAACCGAGUGGUGGCCCCAAGCUAAAUUAAGCUGAACAAAAUCUAAUCACUAAUUUUGAAGCAUAUAAGAACACUUCUUUGGACUCCCUAUCAAAGGUGUCUGAAGUGGAACAAGCUCUUGGAAAUGAAAUUGCUGCCAUGCCCACUAAACUAAACUUGAACUCCAUGAAAGAUGUAAGAGCAUCUACUUCAAAUCAGUAUUCAGAGAGUGAAGUGGGUGUAUCAGAUGCUUUAUUUAAAGAGGAAAUAUCAUCUAUGCCAUACUUUACCCCAACUGAGAUGCCUAAAGCAGAGGGCACAGCAGGCAAUGACACAGUGACUAUGGAUGGCAUUUCUGAAACUCCUGAAGCCAGCAGUUUUACAGAGAGUUCAGAGGUACCUAGUACAAAUCAACCUAUAGAGUUAAUAAGGCUCUCUUUAAUACCCAGGACUGAAGGUACCAUCCAGCAUAUGCAUUCUGCCUCAAUUCCAAAAACUCUAUCUUCUGUAGACAUACCUCAUGCAUCUUUGCCCUCAGAACUUCCCGGAAAUCUCCUCAAUAAGAAAGAACAGCCUAUCCAAACCUUUUCUUCUCAUCAGGCUAAAGUAUGUGACAAGGAGGCCUUUAUUAAAGGUUUGCCAUCUGAGACGGACAUUUCACAAUCCUCAGCCCCUUCUCUAGACAAAGAUGUCGGGGUGUUUUUUACUCUACAGAUUACCAACCUGAUCUUUUCAGAGGAUCUCUUAAAUAGUAGCUCACCUGGAUACAAGUCCCUGGAGGAUACAUUCCUUGAACUAAGACAAUCUUCUGAGUCCAGUAACCUGCCAGACACAGAGUCUUCCAGUAAAAAAAAUAAGGAACAGCGGACAUUAGCUUCAAUACCGCUGCUCCAAUUUCUACAAUCCGAUCUGAUUGGAUUUAAGGAGCUACAUAUCCUCAACUUCCGAAAUGGCAGUGUGGUAGUAAACAAAAAGAUGAAGUUAUCCAAACCAGUGGAGGAUAAUCUCACCAAGCCUGUGCAUUGCAUUCUUGACAAUUUGAUGACUAGUAAUGCUGCCUCAAAGAAAAAGGAUCGUGAAACUGACAGUCAUUCAGCUGAUCAUGUUGAUCCAUGCAAGUACAUGAACUGUAAUGAGUUUUCUCACUGUGUGGUGAACAUGCUAAACAAAGAGGCUGAGUGUUUGUGUGAUCCAGGCUACAGCACAGUGGAUGGUCUACACUGUCAGAGCAUCUGCAACCUCCAGCCCAAUUAUUGCCUCAAUGGGGGACUAUGUGAGAACAUACCAGGACAUGGAGCCAGCUGCAGAUGUCCUUCAGGUAAAUAUUGGUACUAUGAUGGCGAGCACUGCAGUGAGCUGGUGUCUGUGCCAAUUGGCCCAGUGAUAUUUGUACUCUGUCUGAUGGGAAGUCUCACAGUGGUGUGUGCUGUAAUAGGCCUGUUAGUGUUUAUCAACAGGAGUUGUAUACAGACAAGGAAGACAGUGGCACUCGUGCAUUCACAUUCUCACCUCUCUAUGGAGGGAAUUAUGAGAGUGAAUCCAGUCUUUGAGAAUGAUGAUGGUAUCUUGACUCACGUGUCUAGCAUCAGCUAUCCCACAAUCACUGACUCGGGGUCAGCUGAACCCUCUGACCAAGGCUCAUUUUACUCAUUAGAAAACAUGCAACUUAGCAUUGAGAUUCCCAGGCAACUCUACACAACAAGGUCAGAAAAGUUAGUAUCAGAAAUAGUUGGAUUCCACCACUGUAUUCCACAUGUUCAGACAUGGAGCCUGUAUAAUGAACACAGAGGAUCUGACAGUGAUGGGUUUGAGGUGACUGUGUUAUGACUGUUAUUUUUUUAGCCAGUCAUAGCGUCUGUGCUGAAACUGGUAACAAAUGUCAAGAAAGCAUUGUUUAGACAUAUAAUAUGAUAUGUACCCUUUUUAAAGGCGCUUUUUCCCCUCACAGUGAGGUAUUUAUUUACAAAUAGAUACAUUUGGCAUCGUUAUUGCUAUUAAUACUUUAUUGUUCAGACACUAAAUAUAUCUCCAGAGUCCAAACAAUGUCCCAACAAUGUUCAAUGUCAUUUUAGCUUCUACUGAAAUUUUUAGAUCUUAGAUCUCAUAAACUUAUAUAGGAAAAAAGUCUAGCUUUGCAUGUAUAAAUGUUUCUCACCAAUUGUUAGUGUGUUGAUCUCAAGACCACAACACACAGGAUGA